AUGACAGAACAAUAUCAAAUACAUCAGACAUCGUUACAAAAUAACGAUAUGCCUGUUCAUAAAUUUAUUCCAAUUGAAAAAUUAGAUUUAAUUCAAUCGAAUCAAGUUCGAAUCCUUUAUUAUCAAAAUCCAAGUCGAUUUUAUGUUUAUCUUCGACAAAAGAUUAAUACUCAUGCACAAGUAAAAGAAUUCUGUCUGAUUCGAUGACCUCUUUAGAAUUGAAAAACCAAAAUGUAUUAUGUUGUAGAACAAGCCGAGAUACAUUCGAAUUGUAUAUAAAUAUAUAUGUUUUGAGGUUUAGCACAGAUUUUACC